GUGCGUGUGUGUGCGCGCGUGUGUUCCGGUCAAGCUCGCCAUACCUCGACGUCGGUGUUGGGAAAGGGACUUCAAAACUGAGAACCGAGAACUAAACAAGAAGGCCUACGAUUAUCUGGCUUAUAGGAGACCAACAGCUGACAAAGGACAUGCUCCAACUGGACUCUAAGAAUAGAGAAUGUUUUUUUUUCUACCCAAAGCGGAUUAUAAACUCUUGUACUCCUCCUGAAAUGAUCUAAAGGAGGGUGUUGUCCUAUCUUCUUUAAAAGUCCUUUAAAAGUUUGUCAACUUGCUGCUUAUUGAAGACGUCUCAUCCUCGGGACCCUUUAUCCUGAUAUUUUGCACUAUUUUGGAUUAAUUACUACAGAAUCUGUUUUGUUUUUUCUGGAUUACGCACAUAUGGAGAGCUUUUACGCGCAUUCUUUGUAUGUUUGAAUGGCUGCAAAUCAUUAAUGCAAACAUUAUUAUGUCUUUUUUAUUGUUUUUACAUUUCAGGCGUUGUUUUGCAUUUCACAAUGCACACUAGUGUCGAGCUUGUUUGAUUUCCCAACUGAAUCAACAGUAUCAUAUCUCGCUUCUUGGCUGUACCCGUAAUAGCAACUCAUAUCGCUUGACACUGUACGCAGACUGACUCUGGUGCGUCCUAAACGGGCUUUUGGUACCGUGUAUAUAUUUUUUUCACCGUUUGCUUCGAAGGAAUCUCAACUCUGGACGACGUUAUUGUUUGACGUCAGAAAAUGCUGCCGUUGUCGCCUCUAUUGCUCCUCGUUUUCCCCGCCGCGGUCUUGGUGGCAGCGCAAAGCGCCGGGGACCUGCACGGUUUCACGCUGUCCAGUGGGAGCACAGGUUCCGACCCAGCAGAUCCCUGCAUGGGAGUGUAUCCACCAUGUAUGAGUGAGGCAGAUCGCUUCAGCCUGGAAGCCCUGCGGAGCAUUCAUCAUAUGAUGGAUGACGACAAGGAUGGAGGAAUUGAAGUGGAGGAGAGUAUGGAGUUUAUCAUUGAAGACAUGAAGCAGCAGCAGACCAACAAACACAGCAACCUGCACAGAGAAGACCAACACAUCACAAUUGAGGAGCUCUGGAGGGGCUGGAAGUCAUCUGAAGUACAUAACUGGACUCAGGAUGAUGUGCUUCGCUGGCUGAAGGAUUUUGUUGAGUUGCCGCAGUAUGAGAGAAACUUCAAAGAUUUUAAAGCCAACGGAAACACACUACCAAGGAUUGCAGCUAAUGAGCCGUCAUUCCUGAGUGGUCAUCUGAGGGUUCAGGACCAGAGAGACAAACAGAAACUCAAUAUCAAGGCUCUGGAUGUAGUGUUGUUUGGGCCACCUACACGUCCUCCUCAUAAUUACAUGAAGGACCUGCUGCUCAUUGUGUCAGUGGUGAUGGGAGUUGGAGGCUGCUGGUUUGCCCAGGUCCAAAACAAAGCCAGUAAAGUCCACAUAACCAAGAUGAUGAAAGAUUUGGAAAGUCUUCAGAGGGCUGAACAGAGUCUCAUGGAUUUACAAGGACAACUGGAGCUGGCGCAGGAAGAGAAGCGUAAUGUUGCAGAGCAGAAACAGAACCUGGAGGAGAAGAUGAGAGACGAGAUCAUGGGAGCACAAGAGGAGGCUUACCGCCUGCAUGAGCUGAGACAGGGAGCUGUCACUGAGCUCAGCCGCCUGCGAUAUGCAGAGGAAGAGCUGGAACAGGUUCGUGGGGCACUGAAGCAGGCUGAGAAGGACAUACAGGCUAGUUGGACGGCCUCAGAGGCGCUCCAGCUGUGGCUUCAGCUGACACAUGAGGUAGAAGUCCAGUACUACAAUGUCAAGAAGCAGAGUGCAGAACUGCAACUUGCUACAGCCAAGGAAGAGGCAGAAAGAAUUAAAAAGAAAAGAAGUUCUGUCUUCGGGACGCUGCAUGUUGCCCACAGCUCCUCUCUAGACCAGGUCGAUCACAAGAUCCUGGGAGCAAAGAAUGCCUUGUCUGAAGUAACAGCCUGCCUACGGGAGCGCCUCCAUCGUUGGCAGAAGAUUGAGCGCCUCUGCGGCUUCCCCAUCAUCAAAAAUCCAGGUCUAGCAAACCUCACUGCUCAGCUCUAUUCAGACUCAAUUACCUUGGGGUUGCCCAGAGUAUCCCAGACAUCUUGUUCAUGCCAUAGCUCCGUACAUGGAUCUAUAGAAGAUCUGUUGGAAGAUUCUGCUUCUCCAAUCUUACCACAUAUGCAAGUGACAGUUCCACCACUGAAGCACUCUCCUCGAACACAGGGAUCACUAUGUCGGCCACGUCGUGUCAUUGCUCAGCCGCCGUCUACCAUGAUCUCCUCAGACCCUGAUCUUCUCAUCCCCAUCCGAGCUCCUUACCCUUGCUUUGAUGAAGAAGAGAACUUCCUCCUGAAAACUCUCAAGAAGCAAGACUCCCAAGAGAAGUUCUCAGACGCAGAUUAUAUGACUUCACCUCCUCUCAGCAAAAUGUUUCAUAGUCCAAUGGAUGCUUCCUCUCAAAAGCUCUAUCACAAUGAUACUGAGCUACUUGGAGACCCCUCCAUUGCAAAAGUAGAGGCUGUUCCAGUUCAUAAAAUUGCCACAGAAGAACUUGAAGGCUCUGUGGAUGUUGGUAGUAGGAGGAUGGCAAAGGACAAAUUGUUGGAGAGCCCUUUGGAACCCCAUUCUUUAAAGAUGUCCAGAGAAGACUCUCUGGUAGAUGCUACAUCAAGGAAGAUGUCCCGAGACAGGAUGGACGUUCCCAUUGAUGUUACUGUUAGAAAAGGGAUUCCCAGUGAGAUGGAUGUUGAAUUUUCAACCCGGAAAGGAGAGAGAGAAACAGUUGGGGACUUGACAGACACCGCUUUAAGGAAUAUAUACAGAGAAAGAGGUGAUAUACCAUUGGAUAUGAGAAAGAUGAUCUGGAAUGAAUUGGAAACAACAGAGAAACAGGCUCCAAGGAAAAUAUCUAGAGAUAUGAUGGGGUCUUCAUUCGACAGCAUCUCAAGAAAGAUAAUACGAGAUGAUGCCGAGCAUCUGUUGGAUUCAGGAUCUAGAAGAAUUACAAGAGAUUCACAGGGAAUGUCCUUUGAUUCAGUUAAUAGAAAGCUUCAACGAAGUAAAGGGGAAAGCCAGCUUGAUUCUUCAGUGAGGGCAGUAGCAGUAGACAAAAUGGUUGAACCCACUGUAACACCACGAAAAAUAUCUGGAGAAGAGUUGGAGUAUAGCACAGAUACUGCUUCCCUUAAGAUGCUACCCAGAGAGACACGUGAUGCCCUUAUGGACACCUCAUUUUCCACAGAGCAAGAGUUUGGUUUAGAACAACCAACAAACAGGUGGAUGCUAAGAGAUGAACUUGAGCUGUCUGCUGGUUCUCUCAGACGGAGAACUUCAAGAAUGCCAAGAGAUGCCCCUGAAUGUGCCGUCGACAAUCCCACUGGAAACAUCUGCAAUAAAGUUGACUGCCCACUUGAAAUACCCAGGCACUCAACACUGACAGAGGAGCUGGAAACAUCUGAAUCAAGUUCUUUUCCUGUUCAAUUUGAUCAGCCAGACCUUAUGGUAACCUCCAAGGUGCCACUGACACCAAUAGACCCUUUCACUGUUGGCCCACUGAGCCAGCUUGUGUAUGAUGGAAUCCUUGAGAAGUCCCGCAACUCCAUGGCAACUAACCCAACCAGCCUCUCAACACCUAACCUAUAUCAGAAGAAGCUGCUAGCAGAGGUGGAGCCUCCUGUGCCGCCACCAAGGGCUGCCGUUUCAUCUCUUGCGUCUCCUCCUGAGACCAAAGAAGACAAGACUAAGGAGAAGGAAAAGAGUAGGAAAUCCCUCAAGCUCAAAAGUAUUUUCAAAAAGAAACCAGAGUCAACUUCCGAGAAAACUCAAAGUGGACUUCAUAAACUCUGACAAUCAACUGAGAGUAUUUAUGCAUUUUUAUUUAAAAAUUAAAAAAGUAUUUUAAUGAAUCAGAAAAUCAGGUUUUAGAAACUCACUGAAAAUAUCGGGUAGCACUUUUUAAAAAGCACAAUCUUACUGAAAGCUGGGUCUUACUGAAAAUCAUUUUAAAACCCAGCGGUGCAAGACUUUUAAUGUUGAAAUAGACUAAAAGACACAACUAGCAUAUUGUUUGAUGAAAGUUUGGUACACAUAUGAUUUAAAUACUACAAAACAAUGUCAAGAAUAUUGUCAAUAUGGCACUCAGCUAAUGUUUUUACACAGUCUUACUUCAUAUUAUAUUUAUUUUAUUAAGUCUUACAUGUAUUUAUGGCUGUCAUCAAAUUAUUUUUAAUUAACUUUAGAUGUGGAUUUUUUGAUACUUUGCCUUCAGCUGAAUGACGGACUGUUGAAACACAUGAUGUUUCUCUGUAUAACAGAGGCUGGAACUGCUUCAGCUUAAUUUUUGCAGUAGAAAAUAUCAACAUCAAUCUGUUCCAGGUACAUUUAAUGAGGUCUCAAUAUAGGUUUCCCGAUCUUAAUUGAAGUUGUCGGAUAUGAAGAGAAAACAGAGUUUAUAUCCUGACUACAAUAAUUAAUCCUGCAAUACUGUGACAACGAGAAUUGGACAAAAAAGGAAGUGGCCCCUUUUUCUUCUGUUCAAUAGACCGCACUCAUGUUGCAUUCUGCUCAUGUAUUCAUGUUUCAGAAAUGGCUCAGAGUUGCGAAUCCAAAUACCUCAAGUUGAAAAAAAGUUUAAUUGAGCAGCAUGUUCCCAUUAUCCAGUAUAAAGUGAAUUUAGAGGUGGGCUCUUGCUUGGAAGGAAAUCUACUUGGUGGUUUCAAAACAUUUCUAACAGUUUUAGCAACACUUUGAAGAGUACAGUCAUCUUGUUCUGCUAAAGCAGAUCAUUAUUAUACACAAUCAUUUUUUAGAUUUAGCUGUUUAAAUGAUUUUAUUUCUUAAAUUAUAUUUGAUUGUUGUUUGAUUUGUGACAGAUUUGAAACCAAGUUUACAUUUAUUUGGUCAGUCAGUCAAUAACAGAUAUUUGUCUUUGGGGUUCGUUGGCUGGCCCUGCUCUUUUAGUCCAGCCAAUAACAAAAACUAAAUAAAGGAUAGGAUUAUGAAUUAUGAUAAAAAUGAAGCUAUAAGAUCUGGCAUAUGUCAUUUUGGGAGCUGAAAUAGCUACCUUCAACCUGCAGAAGGACAGAUGACAAUUUGCUGCUGUCUACAAUCUGGCGAGAUGUUGAUGAUGAGAUGAGAUGAGAAAUCUCCCUAUUCUAAAUUAAAGGAAAAAAUCUAAUUACAAUUUGAUUGCUUUGUUUCCUGAAGCACAUUUUCAUAACUGAAACUGCUUGCUGCUUUGUGUGUUUUUAAAUAAGUGUGCGUGCCAUUGGUGUGUGAUAGUAGAGUUUUCAUCGUGUGCAUUUUCUAUUUGCUUAACAAAUAAGCAGCCCAAAUAAACAGGCUUAAUUGAAUUAACAUUGAGCCCUUAAGAACUGAUUAGUCCUGAUCCUGUGGAUCACAUUGGGAAGUUUUGUUUUGUUGAGCAGUUUACUUGAUUUCUUUGUAGUGUGUGCACUGAAUUGCACAUUUGAAUGCUUGAAUUGUUUAUAUUAAAUAAUUAUUUUUGUUUAGAUUGUUGUUUACAGAUAUAAAUUCAGUGGUCUGCCACGGCUAUUUUAUUUGAGGUUAAACAAAACUUUUGCUUUAAAUUUGAUUUAUUGGAAUAUAUAUUUCUCAUGUCUUACACUGUAUCAGGUAUCAGGAAUAAAUAAUUAUCUUGUUUUAGAUAAGGACAGUUGCUGUAUGCUGCUGUAUUUUGGUAUGACAAUGAUUUAAUUGACUUGUUUGCUGAUUUAAUAACAAUAUACAAAAAAUAAACUUUAAAUACA